UAGUAUGUUAAGCGAUAAAGAGUAAAUAGAGUUCUUGGGUAAAAAACCACCAGCAUGUACUAAAAGCACAAUAGAGAAGCUUAUGAUGAACUUUUAACAAAUUUCCAGGAAUAUUGAUGAUUUAGAUUAGGAUUUAAAUCAGUUGGCUAAACGCCUUGAUUAUUUGGAAGUAAGCCAGAUUUGAUGAGUUUUGUUAGGAAUCAAUCACUGAACAUUACACCCUCGUUUAACCAUAAAAAUAAGAAACCAAAAAAAAACGUAGAACUGCCAACCUCAUCAAAAGAGAUUUUUAAGUACUUUUUUUUUAUAUACCCAAAUAGUGUCCUUACGAAAAAUGUGACAAAAUAUAUGGAACUGACAUUUCAUUGAAUUUGCAUAUAAGACUAAAACAUAAUGGGGGAUCAAAAAUUGAAAGAGAAGAAUUAGCAGUAAUCUAAAUGUGUUUAAAUUUUAGAAAAAAAUAUUAGAAGCCAAAUUUUAAGACGAAGUGGAGCCAGAACACAGUUUUAAUCUGCCUCCUAAUUUCAUUGAAGAUUUCUACAUACACCAUCAAGAAUAUAUAAAUAAUUUAGAAAAAACUUACAAUAAGAGAAUAUUACUUUGA